CUAACAUUCAGUUUAUUUUUAAACUCGGACAAGUGGACAAACCCAAGCUUACCUCGGGCGCUGCGUUUUGCUCGUGAGCGGUUCGCUGUGUUAUUUGAAAAUAAAUAACAGAGAAAAGAAAACAAAUGAGCCGAGAAUCAAAGUGCAAAAGCUCGCGUUGAAAAUGUUGUUAAGUUAAACCAGACAGUUACAGACGUACACUAAAUUCUAUGUGGAAUAUUCGUUUGACAAAAUUUUAAAAAUAUGUUAUGCAGAGUGUGGUGUGGAUUUUGGCUGGUGUUGCUGCCUCCUCGGUUCCCCUGUAUUCCCGAUCCGUGCCACAUCCAUCCGCAACAAUUACGACGAAAGUGUGAAACCCCAAUUUAGACGCCAAAGAGUCGCUGCCGUAGUCUCAGCCAGCCUGCCAAGAUGUUGGACGACGACAACUCGGAUCUGUUGGUCUGCGCCUCAGAGAUGCAGGAAGACCGCCUGUACUUUGUGGCCUUUAAGAAGAACAUCAAGCCACAGAACACCACGAAUACCCAUUACUUCAGCAUAGAUGAGGAGUUCAUCUACGAGAACUUCUACAACGACUUUGGACCUCUGAACAUAUGCAUGCUCUACAGAUACUGCAUGAAGCUGAACACAAAGCUGAAGGCCAAGUGCCAUGCCAACAAGAAAAUCGUCCACUACACUUCCAUGAAUCCGGCAAAGCGACUCAAUGCCGCCUACCUGAUUGGAUCAUAUGCAAUCAUCUACCUGAAUAAGACGCCCCAGGAGGCGUACCGGCCGCUGGUCGCCGGCGAAAUUCCCGCCUACACGCGCUUCUGUGACGCCAGCUACGGUCCCAGCAGCUUCAAGAUCUCCCUGCUGGACUGCCUCAAUGCUGUCCACAAGGGCCUGCAGGCGGGCUUCUUCAAUUUCGACGACUUCGAUGCCGACGAGUACGAGUAUUUCGAGCGAGUGGAGAACGGCGACUUCAACUGGAUCGUCCCCCAAAAGUUUAUCGCGUUUUGUGGCCCCCACCAGAAGAGCAAGACGCUUCCCAAUGGCUAUCCCUGCCAUGCACCCGAGCGCUACUUUACCUACUUCCGGGAUAACAACGUCACGACGGUUAUUCGGUUGAAUGCCAAGGUCUAUCAUGCGUCUUCCUUCGAGAAUGCCGGUUUCGACCACAAGGAUCUGUUCUUCAUUGACGGCAGCACGCCCAGCGAUGCCAUUCUGAAGAAGUUCCUCUCGAUAUGCGAGACCACAAAGGGGGCCAUUGCGGUGCACUGCAAGGCGGGACUGGGACGCACUGGCAGCCUCAUUGGGGCGUACAUCAUGAAGCACUAUGGGUUCACGGCGCUGGAGGCAAUAGCUUGGCUGAGGCUCUGCAGGCCGGGAUCGGUCAUUGGGCAUCAGCAGCAGUGGAUGGAGGACAAACAAAGUUGGCUGUGGUCGGAGGGUGAGCGGAUGCGACGACGAACUACGCUGCCCAUCCUCCAGCAUACCUACGGGAUCAACAGUCUGGAGCUGAAGAGCAAACUGGCGGAGAUAGGGACGGACUCCGCGGAGCAUGUUGAUCUGUUACUGACCCGUGUGAAGGGCAUCUCUCAGCGCGUGGACACCAUGCAUCUUACUGAUCACGAUACCCUCGACGCGUCAAUUGUGGAUCAAACCGAUGAGGAGAUCUCCGAGCAGCAGCAGCUGGAGCGGGAUGAACGCGCCCUGUACCUUCAGUCCGGCACUGAGGAUCCCAAUUCCAAUAUAAGCGAUGAUAACGAUACGGAUACAGUGUCUGCGCCCGCCGAGCAGCCCAUCUCCUCCAGUUAUACCAUUUCGACGCGGCGCCGGAAAUCUCCAUCGGCUGCGAAUCGUUCCACGGUCAUAGCCACGUCUCUGAGGCGUUUGGUCAGCCCUGUAUCGAAUAGGAGCAGCCUGAACUCGGGUCCCGGCUUGUGUCCUGCUGCGGACGCCGCUAGCUGCACGGAGAAGAAGCUGCGCAAGCCCAGCGCUAGUGUCUUUGAGGCGGCUCGUCACACCAUCGCCUCCACGGUGAGGAUGACGCAAACGGCGCUGGAAAAGAAGCAGGCCCAGACGCAGGGCGACAAGCUGAACCAGAUAAAGGCGCUCAGGAGGCAUCACUCCCGCUCGGUGAACGUGAACAGCAACAGCGAGCAGGAUUCGAAUCUGAGGCAUACGAGAGCACGUUCCCAGCCAUUCCGUAACAACAACAAUGGCGUUAUGGCCACGACCCUGAAGCCGGGACAACCCACUUCAUCCUGCUUACCAGCGAACACCGCGGCAGCGACUUUGGCCAAUAAUCUGAACAACAACAAUGGUGGCGGUGUCGGGAGCAGUAACAGCAACACCCCCAAUAACAACAACAACAACAACAAUAAUAAUAUAAGCAACUCGUUGAAUAACUAUAACAACAACAACAAUACCACUAACAUUUUGGCCAAUUCGGGAAGCAGUCGCACCCGAAGCCUGGCCAUUUACAGCAAGAGAAUGGAACUGAAGCAUCUGCGCAAGGCGGAACAGCAGCAGCAGCAGGUGCAGGAUCAGCCGAUCCUUCCGAUGGAGAAGCAGCUUCUUAAAACCUAUGCCACGAUCAACGAGAGCAAGAUCCCUGUGGUGUCGAGUGGUGGUGCCGGCAGUUCGGCCACAAUACCACCCACGCGGGGCAGUGCGGCCCGCACGUCGCAUCACCACAUGACGCUGCGGGGGCGAUCUCGGAUUCGGUACCAACGGCCCAAUGCCGGAGAACAGGCACCGGCGGCGGCCCAAAGCCAACCGUGCACGGUGGCGACAGCUCGGUACUAUCGCGAUGUCUCGGCCAUACCCACGGCCUUGGGUAGUGGGUCUGGUAUCGCCUCCUCCGUCUCCGCCUCGGCCGCCUCCUCCUCUAGCCAUAACUUUAACAUAGCCACACGCUCCGCAUCCGCCACGCUCGAUCUGAACUCGAAUCCGUUGCAGAAAACCAAGUUAACCAGCCUGAACAAUAAUUCAACUUCCACUCCUACCCCCCCUCCCACUUCCAAUCCUCCAGAUUCAAGCCGUCUUAGUGGACGAGGCAGCGCCGAACUCCAAGCUAUCAUCGAGCACGGCAUUAUCGGAGCAGCGGCCAAACGAAACAAGCGCUCCCUGAGCUCCACGCGCCUCGACGAGUACAACACCAAGCUGCUGAGGAAGCAGCAUGUGGCAACCGGUACCGGUGGUACGGCAGCAUCUGGAACAGCGCUCCCCUGCCCCAGCACAACCAACAACAAUUGCAAGUAUAGCGGUGGCUGCCACAGCAACGGCGGCAGCUUCAAGCUUUCCCGGCGCGUCUUCGGCGAAUCUGGAUCCUCGGCAUCGACGUCCGCUUCCAAUUCGGGGAUUCCCACGCCAACGGCACCCCCCUCGGCUCCAGCAUCAGCAGUUACCGCCCACUGGCAUCAUAACAUCACCCGAGGAGCGGCGAAUCGUAUGUCCAGCGAUAGGGACCGCGACCGGGAUCGGGAGAAGGAGCGCCAGGAGCAGCAGCAGCUGAAGCUGCGGAAGAAGAUCAGCUACUGAGCAGCUAUCCAGUUGUUGCCUUACCUCCAGUUAUGUUAGUUACUCCGACUAGUAAAUUGUAUGC